CCAGAAUUGCGUGGGAGACGUACGAAGGAAAUGCCAGUCCUUCAUAACAGCAAUCAUGUUUAUUGUAUAUGUCAAUCCCCCGUUUUAAUGUUCGUGGUUUGUGUUUGGAUCACGAUAUGCGGAUUGUCACGCUCGCACGGAGUUUUCAUUCGACCCUCCUCAUCGUUGAAUCUUUACAGUCGGGGUUUCAAAAUAGCUCGUAUUUUUAAUCUGCGACCUAACCGAUCGCUUUAAACGAAAAGACAGCGAGCAUUGCUUGCCGUUUCUUCUUCAGAACAUCCUGAUGAUGCACAAAAUAAGUAACGUUAGCGGAUUUACCAAGAUGCUUCUUUUGGGUAGGAGGGAGACGUAACUGAGGCACAACUUGCCUCAAUAAGGAAACGUGAUCGGCUGGGCCCAGCGCUUUGCCGCUGUGGAGAUGGCAUGUCUUCAUGUAGGCUGCGUUGGCUGUCAUAUGGGACGAUUCAACUCAAGUGCAAAGCAAUCUGACCUUUGACGAUUUUCAGGAUAAGUUUUACAAUAUCUUGUGCCCAACUUUCACUCUUUCAUAUGCAGGUGAGUGUUCAGAUCUGUUCAUUUUGUUUCAUUGAGUUCAUUCAUACUGCUUACCCUCAUUCUGCAGUACAAUCUGCAAAAUAGCCACAUGUUCUUAACCUUCUAUGUACUCCAUUUCUCAAAACCCCACCAUCACCACCCCACAGACAUGAAGGUGAGGCUGGUGAAUGGCACCAGCAUGUGCUCCGGGCGGGUGGAGGUGUUUCACCUGGGCGAGUGGGGUACGGUGUGUGACGACAUGUGGGAUUUGAAGCACGCCCAGGUGGUAUGCAGCGAACUGGGCUGUGGUCAGCCCCUGUCAGCCCCAAUAAUGGCCCACUUUUUUCCGGGCAAGGGCCCGAUCUGGAUGCUGAAGCCGGCGUGUCAGGACGGGGAACAGUCGCUGGUGAACUGCAUUCGCCAUCCACUUGGCUUUGUCAAUUGUAAACAUGAGGAGGAUGCCAGCGUGGUGUGCGCAGUUACAGGAGUCAGUGUCCCACGCUGGACAGUGGCUUUAGUGCUGAUGCUGGUCUUGUUCAUCCUGGUGUUGAUGGGAAUAUCCUGGUUUUUCUACAGACGCUCCAAAAUUAAGGAACUGGAGAGCAGCCACAGAGUGUGUGAGUGUCUGAGUCACACAGUGUUUGGAAUUAUGCUUGGGUGAGUCAAACAUCUAUACUGAUAUCGGACUGCAAUAGCUGGCUGGGACAGGAAGAGUGAAGGAUAAAAUGCAGCAGAAUAUAUCCUGUGGUGUUGCCCUUCCCUGUCCUUGUCUGGAGGACAAACCCCCUUAGGAGGAAGAAGAAGCCACUAUGGGACAGUCCUGAGACCAGGAGCCCAGAGCGAGCAUUGAGCAGGCAGACACAUACAGAUACCAAGCAGAUACUGAGCUGUGAAUAUUUGAGGAACAAAUACAGAGACACACCAUAGACACAGAGGGGGAACAGACACGUGUCAGAGACACAUAAAGGAACAGAGAUGCUGUCAGUCAUGCAUGUUGCUAUGUUUCUUGAUUCUCCAUUUCACUGUGUGAACACUGUCCUCAUUCUUUUUUAUAUUAAACCAGAUCAACACAUUAAUUAUUAAAACGUGCACAGCUAUUUUUUUUUAUUUGGGAGCAGAAGUAAUCUUUACUACAAGGCUUUUUUGCAACAAAACUGAAUGUACAAUUAUUAAAUAUUACAUUAUUAUUAUUAAGCAGCAUUAGAUUCAUUAGAUUAGACAACAUUAGAGCCAUAUGAGAGGUGAAUGUCGGAAAUACACCACACACUGGAAGAAUGUUAUUGUGCCACUUUCAUAGAUGUUGAAUUAAUAGAUAAAUUACAAAUGUUUUAAGUUACUCUGUCUGAGUGCUUAUCGCUUGCAUCUUUGCAACACAAGCAAAGUAACGAUCACAGAAUGAAGGAAAUCGCAUCACAUUCAAAACUGAAAUAACUGACUCUUGGCUUGUUGGAGGUGGUUUUAUAUGUAAAACACAACCCACUUGAUAUUGUCAUACAGAACAAAUAUAUGGCAACUAUGUUAACAGUCUAUAGAUUUCAACAGGGUUCCAAUAUUGUCCAAUGGCAGU